AUGACUUCCAAAGUAAUUCCCUGGUAUAAGCGGAAACGCAGCAGCGAAGUGAAAAGUGAUUUUGCGUAUCAGUACAGCACAAAGCGUAUCGUCUCUGAGCAGACGUCACAAAGGAAGUCAAGUUCCAAGUCAGCGAGUCAGGUGCAGGCCACUGCCACAGAGGCGAUGGCGGAACCAGCGUACACCAUCCCGGUGUUCCGGCAGAGGACCAGGGAAGAAACAGAAGGAGUUGAGGAGUACCAGCGAGUGAGCAAAAAGGUGGAAAAGGGCUUGGCUGCUAUCCAGGAGGAAAUCCAAAGAAUGAGGAUCUCCACCAAGGCUCAAGUUGAUAGUCUGGCCAUCGAGAAAGAGGUGAAGCAGAAGAUGUACAGGAAAGUGGAUGUUUUGGAGGCGAUUCCACGCAUGCCCGACUUUAUUGUGGCCCUGCGACCUCACACCGUGUGGGAGAAGAUGCCUGUCAAACUCUUCUGCACCGUGUUGGGGACCCCCAUGCCUGUUGUCAAAUGGUAUAAAGGAGGCGUGCCAGUAGACCCUCUGAGUGCUCCGGGAAAGUACAAGAUCGAAAGCAAAUAUGGAGUUCACAGUUUGAUCAUUAGCAGGUGUGCUGUGAGUGACACUGCGGAUUACAGCGCCGUGGCCACCAACACCCAUGGGACAGCCACUAGCGCAGCCACAGUAACUGUCAGGAGUGCAGUUCCCCGUCUGAGUGGAAGCCACUUCAGCAAACUGGAGGUGAGCCUGGUGGAUUGUUUUCCGGUCACCUUCGGCGUGGAGGGCGAGUCGGCCAGCCUGCUGUGUUCCCUGGUUGUGGUCCCUGAUCUUCCCAACCUGCCUCCAUUGGUUGAGUGGUACAGAGACGAUAAACUUUUGCAGCCUGGGCCCCUGGUAGACAUGUCAGUGGGUGGCAGCGUAGCCCGCCUGGUGUUGCCCCACUUGGCCAAGGACGAUGAGGGUCUCUACACAAUCCGCGUAUACACCAAGGAUGGCACCUCCGAGCACUGCGCCUACCUCUUUGUCUCUGAUGCUACCCCCCCAGUGGCCGGGGCUCCUGGAGCCCCUAUGAGCGUCAAGGCUUACGAUAUCAACUCCGACUACGUCCUGGUGGCCUGGAAACCUCCCAACACUGUCAACGAGGCGGCAAUCACAGGCUACUUUGUGGACAGAUGUGAAGAGAGGAGCGACUCUUGGGUCCAAUGUAACGACGCCCCAGUGAAGGUGUGCAAGUACCCAGUUCACGGCCUGAAGGAGGGCCACUCAUACCGCUUCCGUGUCCGAGCCGUGAACAGUUCGGGCAUCAGCAGGGCCUCCAGACCGUCUGACAGAGUCACGGCCCUGGAUGCAGUCGAAAGCGCCAAGCUGGAAGUAAUUAAGAGACAGAGAAAGUACCACGUGGUACUGAGGAAUCAUGAGCUGCAAGGCCAGGCGACCAUUCCUGGCCGGCCCAGCGAUGUGCAUGCGUCUGAGAUUUACAAAACACAUGUGGUACUCAGCUGGACACCACCUAGCCAACGUGGACCAGCACCACUGUGCUACGCCGUAGAGAAGUGUUUGGCUGCGGUUGCUGAUGGUGGCGAUGACUCGUGGCAUCGCGUCAAUGUGGGCGUGGAGCUUCGCUCGCCUCGUUUGGCUGUCUUUGAUUUGCCAGAUGAGUGCGAUUAUCUGUUCCGCGUGUUUGCGUUCAACGAGUAUGGCGCCAGCCUGCCCUCGGAGCCCUCGGAGCCAGUGAGGAAGGCGGAAUGGGACGGUUGUGAGCUGCCUGUUGGCGUGCCGUCUGCUCCUGGACAACCAGUCGCCACCCGGAACACCAGAUCGUCUGCCUUCGUGCAGUGGGAAGCACCCAAGCACGGACAGCAAGGCCUGAUGGGAUACUACAUCGAUGGCCGCAUCGUUGGCAGCAAGGACUGGUUUGCCUGCAACCACAAACCCUUCAAACUCAACAGGUUUGUGGUGCACGGCCUGACGCUUGGAGAAACAUACGUGUUUCGGGUGCAAGCUGUCAAUGUGUUCGGCCUGAGCGAAGAGUCCCAGGAAUCAGGACCCAUUUCAAUUGAGCCAGCCCUUGGUGGGGGGUUUGAGUAUGCCACCCCCAGUUCCCCCUAUGGUAUUAGCCUGCUGAAUUGCGAUGGUUCCUCCAUGACUGUGUCCUGGAGCAGUCCCAAGCACUGUGGUGGCUCCAGAAUCAGCGCCUACUACGUGGACAAACGUGAUGUCGACACCCUAGUCUGGAAGGAGGUCAACACAAGCGGUAUCGUGGACCGAGUGUGUACAGUGGACAAUCUGACAGAGGGAACCUUCUAUGAGUUCAAAGUUCAGGCUGCCAACAUGGCAGGCGUGGGCUUGCCCUCAGCUCCCAGCCUCCCGAUGAAAUGUGAAGCUUGGACCUUUGAGCAGCCAGGUCCAGCUUAUGACCUGACCUUUAGCGAGGUCCGCAGUCAUUCUCUGGUCCUGGUUUGGAAAGCUCCAGUUUACACAGGGGCAAGCGCUGUCUCCGGAUACUUUGUGGACAUGGCCAAGAAAGGAUCAUGCGAGUUUGUCGCUCUGAAUGAGGAGCCCAUCAGUCAGCGCUACAUGCAGGUGAGAGAUCUGGAGGAAGGUGAAUGGUAUGUGUUCCGGGUUCGCACCGUCAAUGCUCACGGCAUUGGUAGACCCUCCCUGGUGACUGAGGCCGUCUGUGCCAGACCUCCUCCAGGCACCAAAGAGAUCGUGGCAGGUGUUGACGAGGAGACAGGUGACAUAUUCCUGUCCCUGGAGGCCUGUGACAUCAGUCAAACUUCCGCCUUCAUCUGGUCAAAGAACUACAAGCCCAUCGGUGAAUGCCCUCGCGUUACUGUCACCACCAAAGGACGCACUUCCAGACUGAGUUUCAUCAACCCAGACAAAGAUGAUCUAGGACGUUACUCUGUGCUCGUCACGGACACUGACGGCGUGUCCGCCAGCCACACGCUCACUGAGGAUGCUCUCAACUCCAUGUUGGAGCUCAGCUAUGCCAUCAGGAACCCCAUUGUCCCACUCAAACACGGCCUCAACUACGAAGUCUUGGAGAAAGGCCAUGUGCGUUUCUGGGUGCAGGCCAUCAAACUUACACCUGCCGUGACGUACAGAUUUGUCGUCAACGACAAGGAGGUUACCAGUGGCGAGGGCCACAAGAUAAGUCACGACGUGUCCACGGGCGUCAUCCAGAUGAUCGUGGAUAACUUUACCCGGGAUAGCGAGGGCACAUACACAGUGCAAAUCCAUGACGGCAAGGCUAAAGCGCAGAGUUCCCUGGUCCUGGUCGGAGAUGUCUUCCUGGCUGUUCUGAAGGAAGCCGAGUUCCAAAGGAGAGAGUACGUCAGGAAGCAAGGUGCACAUUUCUCUGAGAGUGUGUCUUUCACCGUGACUGACGACUGCACAGUGAUGCUGACCUGCAAGGUGGCCAACGUGAAAAAGGAGACUACCUUCCACUGGUACAAAGAAGACGAGGAGAUUGUUCCAGAAACUCCCCCUAACGUUAUGUCUGGAGCCUGCGCACUUCCCAUCCCGUUGUUCUCCAGGAAGGAUCAGGGCGUGUACAAAGCUGUAAUUGGUGACGAGCGUGGGAAGGACACGUCCACCUAUGACAUUUCUGGAGAAGUGUUUGAUGACAUCAUCAAUGCCAUUGCCAGGAUCGCUGGUGAGUCGGCCUCCGAGUUGGUUGUCCAGUGUACUCCAGAGGGCAUCCGUCUGCAGUGCUACAUGAACUACUACACGGAGGAGAUGAAAACCGUGUGGAAGCACAAGGAGAGCAAGAUUGCCUCCUCAGAGAAGAUGAGAAUCGGUGGAACAACUGAAAUGGCCUGGAUGCAGAUCUGCGACCCGUCAGACAAGGAGAAGGGUCUGUACACGAUCGAGAUCUCUGAUGGGGUCAAGACACAUGCCAGGACAUUUGAUCUCUCGGGACAAGCUUACACAGAGGCCUACGAGGAGUACCUGAGAUUAAAGGCUGCUGCAUUUGCGGAGAAAAACCGCGGCAGAGUGCUGGGAGGCCUGCCUGAUGUGGUCACCAUCAUGGAGGAUAAGUCCCUCAGCCUGACGUGCACUGUGUGGGGUGAGCCCACUCCUGAGGUAACCUGGUUCAAGAAUGAGCAGGAAGUGGCCUCUAAUGAGCACACCAGGAUCACGUUUGACGGCGGAAAGUUCUCCAGCCUGGUUAUCAACCAAGUCACGCCUGAAGACUCCGGCAAGUACAGCAUCAACGUUCGAAACAAAUACGGUGGUGAGUUUGUGGAAAUCACUGUCAGCGUGUACCGACAUGGAGAGCAAAUUCCAGAGUCCAAGCUGGGCCAGCCCAAGAUGGCCACACCUGCUGUCAUACCACCCUCCAAAACGCCCACCCCCGCCUCUUCUAAGGCUCAGACCCCAUCCAUGUCUAUGAAGAGCCCCACCCCUGCCUCCACCCCCAAGUCCCCAACCCCAGCCCCAAAGUCUUCAACCCCGGCUACCAAGUCCCCAACCCCUACUUUCAAGUCACCCACUCCACCCAGAUUCAUGAAAUCUCCAACUCCACCAAGGAAGUAA